GUAUCCAUGUGGUCCAAGUCAUCCCACAUAUUCCACCCCAUCUGCACCGGUAUAAAUUUAGACGGACUGUGUGACUCGGUCCUUUUUCUCUGGUCUGCUCUGGGCUGUUGGUGCCUGUAGCCUGUAAAUUUAUAACAUGGGUAAGGAAAAGAUUCAUAUCAACAUCGUGGUUAUUGGCCAUGUCGAUUCUGGCAAGUCCACCACCACUGGACAUCUCAUCUACAAAUGUGGGGGCAUCGAUAAGAGAACUAUCGAGAAGUUCGAGAAGGAAGCGGCGGAGAUGGGCAAGGGCUCCUUCAAAUAUGCCUGGGUCCUGGACAAACUGAAGGCAGAGCGUGAGCGUGGUAUCACCAUUGAUAUUUCUCUCUGGAAAUUUGAGACCAGCAAGUACUACGUCACCAUCAUUGAUGCCCCUGGGCACAGAGACUUCAUCAAGAACAUGAUCACUGGUACCUCUCAGGCUGACUGUGCCGUGCUGAUUGUUGCUGCUGGUGUUGGUGAGUUCGAGGCUGGUAUCUCCAAGAACGGACAGACCCGUGAGCAUGCCCUCCUGGCCUACACUCUGGGAGUGAAACAGCUUAUUGUUGGAGUGAACAAGAUGGACUCCACCGAGCCACCUUACAGCCAGAAGCGUUAUGAGGAGAUCACCAAGGAAGUCGGCGCCUACAUUAAGAAGAUCGGCUACAAUCCCGCCACUGUUGCCUUCGUCCCAAUUUCUGGAUGGCAUGGAGACAACAUGCUGGAGCCCAGCACAAACAUGAGCUGGUUCAAGGGAUGGAAAAUUGAGAGGAAGGAAGGUGCUGCCAACGGUGUUACCCUCCUUGAGGCGCUGGACUCCAUCCUGCCACCCUCUCGGCCCACUGACAAGCCUCUUCGUUUGCCUCUGCAGGAUGUGUACAAGAUUGGAGGUAUUGGAACUGUGCCUGUCGGCCGUGUUGAGACUGGAACUCUGAAGGCAGGCAUGAUUGUGACCUUUGCCCCUGCCAAUGUGACCACUGAGGUCAAGUCUGUUGAGAUGCACCAUGAGUCUCUUGCUGAGGCUCUACCCGGUGACAACGUUGGCUUCAACGUCAAGAACGUGUCUGUCAAGGACAUCCGUCGUGGUAAUGUGGCUGGAGACAGCAAGAAUGAUCCCCCUAUGCAGGCUGCCACCUUCACAGCUCAGGUCAUCAUCCUCAAUCACCCUGGUCAAAUCUCUCAGGGCUAUGCCCCUGUCCUGGACUGUCACACUGCCCACAUUGCCUGCAAGUUUGCUGAGCUCAAGGAGAAGAUCGACCGUCGUUCUGGCAAGAAGCUUGAGGACAACCCCAAGGCCCUCAAAUCUGGGGAUGCUGCCAUUAUUGUUAUGGUUCCUGGCAAGCCCAUGUGUGUGGAGAGCUUCUCACAGUAUCCACCACUGGGUCGUUUUGCUGUGCGUGACAUGAGGCAGACGGUUGCUGUUGGUGUCAUCAAGGCUGUUGAGAAAAAAGCCUCCACCGCUGGCAAGGUGACCAAGUCUGCUCAGAAGGCAGCCAAAACAAAAUGAAUCGUCACGUCAGACACCCAGCAAGCCCCGUUGACAACCUAUACUGCAAUGUCUCAGAAUCUGAGCACAGUUUUAAAGGACUGGCUAAUGCUGAUAAAAACCCACCGUAAAAGUUUCCGAAGGAAAGGAGGAAAUUAUGUAUGUCUAAAUACCUUAGGAGAUAAUGAAUAUAAAAAUAAACAAUAAUCAUUCAUCACAGCUUGUGCAAUUAUUUAUUCUGGUAAGUCAGAGCACUGUGAACGGUUUUAUUGUAAGUGCAUUCAUAAAUAAAUUCUUUUUGAACAUU